GAGCAGUAGUCGUCGCUGAAUGUUUAGCAUGUGAAGUUGUUGACGUGAAUGGACAUUGUUAGAUUGAGCGCUGUUUGUUUAAAUACUGUGAUAUUGCUUUUAUUAAACGGAUAAUCGUUCGAGCAGUGCGAGUAUGGAGUGUUUUUGUUUUGAACUUGACUAGCUAAUAUGUUUUUAACCCCUCACACAGCAGUCUAUGCAGUGACAUAACUGAAAUUAGAUUUCAGUGUACAGUAUAAUGGUUGUGAUCUUGACUGUGUGGGAACAAGCGGUUUAAUCCAGCGCACAUUUUGGCUGGUGUGUGGAUGCUUUUUUGGCUGGAAAUAAAGAUAUUUUAUGAGGAUGUACUCGAGUAAAGAUAGUGUGAUCUCUGCACGCAGCUCAUGGCUGUGCUCAUCACAGAAGCAGCUGUCUGACAUUCUCAUCACAACCCAGGAGAACAGCCCAAACGAUGACUGCAGGUUUGACCAUGACAGGUGUGAAGCUGUCAGUCUGGAGAGAGCUGAGGAGGGCUCGCCAUGUGUCGUCACACUUCUGUGUUCACCCAGCUCUUCAGCAGUGAUCAGCAGUCUUCAGGUUGUCAGCGAAGCCCGCACUAUUGAAGUGUACUCACUGUCUGGAGAAUACUGUGGCACCUGCCGUGGAGAGGAAGUUCAAAGAUCACACAAUGAUGGUUCUGAAGAUAAGAGGCAUUUCUAUAGGAAUCAUCUUGUGCUGGAAAGCCCUGCUGCAUCCUGUGAGGUGAAGCUGCUUUCUCUUGGUGGCCGCUCCUCUGUGGCUAUCACCCAUGUGGGUGUUGGACUGGAGACGCUCAAGGACAGACAAGGUGGCCCGAGUGUAGACCCAGGCAUAGACCUUCAGCGUGUGCAGACUAUGAUGAAGGAGAUGGGCACCACCCUUUCACCAGGAGCACAGAACCUCAUGGAGCUGGUGCAGUGCCAGCAAAAGAAUAAAUCAGACAUGCUGAAUGGAUUCAUUCCUCUGCUCAUGGGAGGUGGAGCUUUGGGCUGUCUGUCAAGAGGAGGUGGGGCUUCCAAUGCCACAGGGGCGGAGUCAGGCCCAAAUCCACCAUCUGGCCUCGAGCAGCUUCUGUCUACCAGCAACCAGAUGCCCGGUGCCAUGUCUGCCCUGUUGAGCUCUGAAACCGGCACGAUCAACCCAGACCUGCUUCCAAUGCUGCAGAGCGUAUGCGGUCAGGUCACACAGCUCCGUCUGGAGGAAGCCACAUCUCCAGAGAGAAAGAAGAAUGGAGAACGGGAGGGUCAUAUGUGCUGUGUAGGGUUUGAGAAGAUUCUGGAGACGGUUGUAGAGAAGAGAAUGGAUGAGAUGGAGAGAAGAUUAAAGGAACAUCUGGACCUGCGUCUGGACGCUCUUCAGCAGAGACUGGAGAUCACGCUUCAGCAGGCGCUCUCUCAUAAACAACACCAGUAAACAACACAAGACUAACCUGAACACUUUUAGCAAGAUCUUCACCCUGAGCUUUUUGCUUUACUGACAUCCAUAAUAUUCUAUAAAGGGAUAUAACAUAAAUGGUUUUAACAUUUUGUUUUGCCAGCAGUCUGUACUACUUUGCGUGGAAAUUUUUUACAGUUUAAACAGCAGUCGCUGGUCCUCAAGAGUGACUGUUUGUGCAGUAAUUAACAGCUUGUCGAGUCGGUUCACUAACUUGAAUCCACAAACAGUAUCAGGUGAUCUUCACAAAUCACAACUACUUGAUGAACUGUUCUUAACACUGUUGAUACUAUGUAUAAAUUAUUUUAUCCAAAAAACUCUACUCAUGCUGCUACAAGAACCAUUUUUCUGUUAUUCUAUUGUACUAUUACACUAGAAGCUGCAUAUUUUCACAGUUUGGUACAAAUGUUAACAACAGCUUAUUUAGAGGUUGUACAAACAACAGUUGCACUGACAGAGUCAAAUAUUGAGUAUUGUUCACUGUAAAUUGCCUUUGUGUAAAUGAUGUUCAUAUGUUAAUACUGUUCAUACUGGAGAACUAAGGACAAAAAAAAAAACAUUAAAAUGCUGUUUAUACUAAA